CCAUUCCCAAGCAUACACGAGACCCUCGGCCCCCUCACGUCCUCCCCGCUUUAUCACUCCGCGCUUGACUCACCACUCCGAGACUUGACCACGGCAGGGCCACGCUCGCCAGCAUGAGCAACACAGACUUCCUAGGACGAGCGAUUGACACGGUCAAGAAGGCGAUCGAGAACGACAAUGAGGGCGAGUACGAGAAGGCUUAUCAGCUUUACUACUCCGCAUUGGAGUUGUUCAUGCUGGCCCUCAAGUGGGAGAAGAACCCCCGGUCGAAGGAGAUGAUCCGCGCCAAAACUGGUGAAUACAUGGACCGUGCAGAGAAGCUGAAGAAUCAUUUGGCUUCAGGGGAUCGAAAGAAACCCAGCGCGGUGGGCGCGAAUGGGAAGGUUGCGCAGGGAAGUGGGAAAGGGAAAGAAGAUGAUGACAGCAAUGGCGAGGAUGCCGAGUCGAAGAAGCUCCGCUCGGCCCUCCAGGGAGCGAUUUUGUCGGACAAGCCAAACGUCAAAUGGGAGGAUGUUGCCGGUCUGGAGAGCGCAAAAGAAGCGUUGAAGGAGGCAGUGAUUCUUCCGAUCAAGUUCCCACACCUGUUUACCGGCAAGCGGCAACCCUGGAAGGGUAUUCUUCUCUAUGGCCCUCCGGGUACCGGAAAGUCUUAUCUCGCCAAGGCUGUCGCGACCGAAGCCAACAGCACGUUUUUCAGUGUCAGCAGUAGUGACCUGGUGUCCAAGUGGAUGGGUGAGAGUGAAAGACUUGUUAAACAACUCUUCAAUAUGGCCCGUGAAAACAAGCCGGCGAUUAUUUUCAUUGACGAGGUCGACGCGCUGUGUGGACCGCGCGGUGAAGGCGAAUCCGAGGCCUCGCGCCGUAUCAAAACUGAAUUGCUUGUCCAAAUGGAUGGUGUCGGAAAAGACUCCAAGGGGGUGUUAAUUCUGGGAGCAACCAACAUUCCCUGGCAACUGGACGCCGCCAUCCGUCGACGAUUCCAACGACGAGUUCACAUUAGUUUGCCCGACAUCAAUGCACGAAUGAAGAUGUUCAUGCUGGCCGUAGGAUCUACACCGUGCCAGUUGACCCAAGCGGACUAUCGUUCUCUGGCCGAGAUGAGCGAGGGCUACUCCGGUAGCGAUAUCAGUAUUGCCGUACAAGAUGCUCUGAUGCAGCCCAUCCGCAAGAUUCAAACAGCAACACACUAUAAGAAGGUGACUCACGAAGGCACCGAGAAGCUCACCCCGUGCUCGCCAGGUGACGCCGGCGCUGUGGAAAUGAGCUGGCUCAGCGUGGAAGCCGAGCAGCUCCUCGAACCACCGCUCGUCCUGAAGGACUUCAUCAAAGCCGUUCGUAAUUCCAGGCCUACUGUCAGCCAUGAGGAUCUUACGAGAAACUCGGAAUGGACGAAAGAGUUCGGCAGCGAAGGAGCUUAG